AUGGUAGUAAUAGAAGAAUUUGGCAGCCUUGCGCCGAUUUACGACUCCCUCAAUUCCUCUCCUCAUCUGUCAUCAUUUUUGAUCAACUACCAUGAUCUAGACAUUCCGCAUUUAGAGGCGCGGAAAAUCAGAAGGAUCCACUCCAAAUACAUACAUAUUAAACGGCCUAGCCGACGCAAACGCAGGUCCAUUUUUUCCGGCAGUCAAUUCCGCAUUCCAUUCCAAGGUUCCAUCGCACCCCUCGCCGGCGUAUAUCCUCUCCGGUGUAUAUCCUCUCCGGUGUACAUCCUCUCCGGCGUACAUCCGCCCAUCAUGAAAUAUCGGUAA